ACCUGCUGGUUAUAUGCCACUUUCCCAAGCAAAUUAAUAUAUUAUUGUUGGCUAAUAUGGUGAAUGAAUGGAGGUCUAUAGAUCUGAAUGAUUUAGGAAACAUGUAUUACCAUGUGGUGUGUCUGAAUGAAGCAGCAUGCUAAGAGUCGCUCAUGGUAUUUUAAUGAACUGAAUUGGAUGACUUAAUGCAAAAAACUCAAGCAAGUGUCCUUGUAAUUUCCCCUCAAACCGACGUCAGUUAUUUAUUUUAUCAUUGACCAUUUUUGGAAUAAGGCAAACUGAAGGAACAUAGUCUUCGGGAGUCGUUUCCCUUGUUAUUCAAAGUGUUGGUCAGUUUGAGAGUCCACCCAAAAACGCAUUCUAUUGGAUCUUCCCUGGCCUCGCAUGACAAGCUGGAAUGGGCAGUGCCAUGGGCCUGUGAGUAACAGCUGAACACUUGUAAAGAAGACUGGGAUCUGGACUGGCCACGGGGCUUGCGCUUUGAGAGCACAAUACGUCUUCAAGCCACUCCGGGAGAGGGAGCCUGCAACAACGCUACACAAUCAGCGCAGCCAAGGAGACUGGAGAAAAACUUUCCCCCAAAUUCCCGACUCAGAGAGGGGAAGAAGCGCCAAACAAAAGCAUUCUUAGCUUUCAGCAAAACAAUAACUUUGGGAAAAUCAUUUACUUCAAAUACAAAUUCAAAGAGAUAGGCGUAACGGAACGGGGUCUCCAGCAAGAAUCCGCUACUUUUAUUCAACAUUCUGAUUCUGAAUACCUAAAAAACGGAUUGAGUGCUGCAGCAACACUGAAUGAAACAAAGCUGCUUCAAAAACAGAAUGGAAACGAAAAUGCGAAUCACGUGGGCACUUCUUCCACUUGGUCUUCUACUUCACUGUACUCAUGCUGAUCCAACAGAACCAUCUUCUGCCUCUUCAUUAACCGUGACGACCACCUCCCCAAACACCCCUGUAGCCUCUAACAACACCACAAUCAUGACAGCCGGCGCCGCAGCCACCACCCCACCAGCCCUAAAUGUCCCCAUAACAGCCCCUAAAGACCCCACAACCACGAUAGCCGGCGCCACAGCCACCACCACACCAGCCCCCAAUGUCCCCAUAACAGCCCCUAAAGACCCCACAACCACGAUAGCCGGCGCCACAGCCACCACCACACCAGCCCCCAAUGUUCCCAUAACAGCCCCUAAAGACCCCACAACCACGAUAGCCGGCGCCACAGCCACCACCACACCAGCCCCCAAUGUCUCCAUAACAGCCCCUAAAGACCCCAAAACCACGAUAGCCGGCGCCACAGCCACCACCACACCAGCCCCCAAUGUUCCCAUAACAGCCCCUAAAGACCCCACAACCACGAUAGCCGGCGCCACAGCCACCACCACACCAGCCCCCAAUGUCCCCAUAACAACCCCUAAAGACCCCACAACCACGAUAGCCGGCGCCACAGCCACCACCCCACCAGCCCCCAAUGUCCCCAUAACAGCCCCUAAAGACCCCACAACCACGAUAGCCGGCGCCACAGCCACCACCCCACCAGCCCCCAAUGUCCCCAUAACAGCCCCUAAAGACCCCACAACCACGACUGCCGGGGGAAGCACCCCUAUGGCUGCUGCUGGAACGGGGGCCUCCGGCUCCUCAGGAACCCCCACUCAGACCCCCCCGGACUCCACUGCAGGGUCCUCUCCCUCCCAUCCCCCCAACACAUCCAGCCCUGUGGGUUCAGGAAGCAGUUUUGCUACCGCCACGACCAGCACACAGGGAGGGAUGGUGUCUACAACCACGGCUGAGACUACAACAACAACAACCACAACUCCUCCCAGGAGCUUUACUUUUAGCAUGUCCAAAAGAAAUGUAGAGAAUCAUGAGAGGAAGGACCUGGAGACGCUAUGUCGACAGCUGAUGUCUCAGAUGCACGAUGCUAACUGUACUCUGAAUGUGAGGGAGAACAACGGACACACUACCGUUGAUAGCGUAGUAAUGACCGGCAAAGUGGACAACUCUGUCGUCCAGCAAUACUACGAGGAAAUCACCAGAAAACCAAGUGACAACAUGACCCUGAUUGCCAUCUUGGCGUCCUGCGGAGCUCUGCUGGCCAUGAUUGUAGGCUUUGCCAUCUACGCCUCAUACCACCGCAAGUCCUAUCGGAAGAACCACCAACAACACCUGACAGAGGAGCUGCAGACAGUGGAGACCGGUUACCAUGACAACCCCACGUUGGAGGUGAUGGAGGUGCCACCGGAGAUGCAGGAGAAGAAGGUGGCCCUGAAUGGAGAGUUCAACGACAGCUGGAUUGUCCCCAUCGACAACCUGCUCAAAAUGGACAUGCCAGACGAGGAGGACACUCACCUGUAGAGGGGGCUGGAACAGACAGGGGUGCUACUAUAUUCCCUCGACCAACUGACUCUCCCUUCCCUGCACCGUUACAAGGGCCCUGUUUAGUAGAUAGUUCUAGCUCCAAACUUUGCAGGUAGAAAUGUAUUGUAUAUAGAAUGUAUACAACUUUAAAUAAUGGGAUUUGAGAAUUGCAGAAUUGUGACAGUUCUAUGCAAUGCAUUUCUGCAACACUUUGAAUGUUCCCCAUUGAACCAGCCCCAAGGCAAUGACACACAGACGGCACCUGAUAAACCUGGGGAAAAAAACACCCAGAGGAUGACAAAACAGGUUAUGGAAACCCACGCGGUCUAAACGGGUGUCAGAGUCCCAUCGCUGUGGCCAUGGAAAAGAAACAGGCCAUUUUGUGGAUACUGCACCAAUCACCAUUGUGCCUAGUUUUAGGACAUAUUAAAUAUUUGGGAAUUGUAACUCUAACAUACACAAUCCAAUUUUAAGAGCCAUUUUUGAGUGUUUUUUUUGUUUGAGAUACUUUAUGUACUGCUACAUAGUUAUUGAUUUAAUUGGGAAAAACAAACACUCAAACCACCAAGAUUUUAGGGUGGAGUUCAUGAAGUGAUUAACUAAAAUCUGCAUGUUCUUUAUGCUGUAAUCAAUGUAAUCAUCCAAAAGUGCAUUGAAUUGUACACUUGAGCACCUGUAUAUAGUAUUUUCUUAUAUUUUCAGAGAAAAUGGAGGAAGCUGAAACGUUAUAAACUGUAACACUACAUGCCUUUAUGGUUAAAUCUCAAUAGUAUAGAUUUAGAGAAAAUGACCUCAGGAUUAAGUGUAAUAAUCAUCCUGGUGAAUGAAUUAAACUACUAGUGAAUCUCAGCUCUGAACACUGGUUUAACUGAGCAACGUGAACCACACUAAUGAAACAAUGGUGUCCAUGGAGACACUGCUGAGACGAGAGCUUCUACAGAUAUGAAGGGAAAAUCAACACUGUGUAAAUAGUCGAUUGAAAGUUCUAAAGAUUUUCUGGACAUACAGUGCAUUCGGAAAGUAUUCAGACCCCUUGACUUUUUCCACAUUUUGUUACAUUAAAGCCUUAUUC